AUGUCACUGGAAGGAGGGAAUUUCCCGAAACCAAACCGCACCUGCAUCCCAUCACACUGCGGCUUGUCUGCGUCGUGGCCAAACAAGCCUGUCCGUCGACGAUCAACCGAUUGGACCGGAAGACAUCGAUGCGAGCCGCUUCAAAGCUCAGCUCCUGUCAGCUCAGUGGCAGCAAUCACCACGUCAAGCCCACGGCCAAAGUCCGGCUACCGCAUGCCCAUUUGGCCGGACCACUCGCAUCUCGUUAUUUUUGAAUGCUUCGAAAUGGCCCUUCCUGUGAUUGAAAUUCGGUUAUCGAACUCGGCGCCACCAUUAAAGGUAGUACAGCAGAUAAGGGUAGUGGCAUCAUUGCGCGAGGUGAAGGAGCUUGGUCCUCUUGCUGGUGGGCGCACCGUCGCGCCCGCGCCAGGAUGA